AUGAUUCUUGACGUAAAUAACGGAUUCUAUGGAAAAAAUGAGGAGUGCGGCUCAAAGACCGUGCAAUUCUUGGCUCUCAGUAUGAGCGAAAAACAAUGUCAAGCGAAAAAAUCCGUUUUGUUCAAUGGGGCAGUAUUUUUUGGUGUGGUUGCUAUUAUUUGCAGCAUGUUGCACUUCGCCGAGCAUCGAAUAUCGAAUCGGCCUGGAAGUGCUCAGCAACAACAACCACAACGACACCCUGAUCCGCAUCCACAUAAGUGGUACGGCUACUUUUCUAUUGGCUCUCUUAUACCAUGUCUGCUAUUCGCUGUUUUCUACUUUAUUUGUUUACUAUCACAGCCCGAAGACGUUUCAUGUGCUGCUGAGCUCAGUUCAACUGUGGAGAGUCAUCACAACAUAUACAUAGACGAGAUACAAUCAGCUCAGUCUAACAUAGGCUCGAAUAUAGCAAUUAUCAUCUCAGAUGUCUCGUACUUAGCUUUGCUAAAUCGCACCGAUAUUGCCGAUCAACUGAAAGAUUCUAUAUGGAAGUCACUUGCAUUCGACGCGAGCCGCGUAAUUGAAGCUUUUGAAGCAAAUGCAAAGUUAGAAUAUGAGAUGACACAUCAUCUGAAAGAACUUGAAAAACAUAUCUCCAAGGAAACCGACAUUCUUCAAUUGGUGCACUCCAAUUCACUGCAGAUCAUGGAAAAGAUGAAGAAACUUAAUGCAAUCAUGAAUUUACAUUUACGGGGACACCUAGAUACUCUACCUGAUUUAGAUAUAAUCGCAGCAAUUCUUGUUGAAUCUGUACUUGUCGGUCGCGAUGAACUCAAUUACAAUCGAUUAAAUGGACAGUACACAAAAAUUAUUAUACGUCAAAAAAGCGAUCUGUAUGAGGUUAUUAAUCUGAUUGAACCUCUACUAACUCAAACAGGAGAUGUAUUGAAAAAAAUUAAUCAGGGACUGGACGACGCCGACAAACAGAAAAAAUCAGGUCGGAACCAAAAAUACAUCGAAGGCGGGACCACUUUGGGUGGAAUUACAUUUGUGACUGUGGGUGCCGCAAAUAAUCUGCAUUUAGUAAUCACCGGGGCUGCAAUCGCAGCGCAUCCUAUUUUGGGGCUGGCGACCAUGGUAACGGGCGUUUUAAUGGCUGGUGGUGGUGUUGCAACAUUUAUGAAAGGUGAUCGGAUUGAAAUCGACGCGACAGAUCUAUUCAAAGUACUGAAAUCUAUGGAUGCUUCACUUAAUCAAAUUAUGACGCUCACUAAUGAUCAGUACAACUAUUUACUAGAAAUACAAGGAAAUUGGAAUGCUCAGGAAAGAAAUUUGAAGAGUUUUCAUGAUAUCGCUACUUACAAUCUUCAGACAACUAUUAAGCCUAUCUCGAAAGAAGAUAUCAAAACACUGCAAAACAUUCAGCAUAAGAUUAUUAACAAAAAUAGAGAGACAAGCCAAACUAUCAAGAAUGUACUAUCCAUUAUACCUUCGUUAAGGCAACAAAAAGAAAAGUAUAUUGGUGGAUGA